ACAAGACAUCUUAAGUUUGCUUUGACGGCUACUCGUUAAUUAAAUUGCGUGUAGGAUUUCCUCUGGACUUGGACCCCAUGGGAUGCGGUCCUUUUCCUGUACAGACAUCUCAUCUUCAAAUGCCCACAAACCCAUUUCUCAUUAUCUCAUCCGUCCGUUAGAAAUGGCGCCAAUUACCUCCACCGCCGCCCUCCUCUGCUCCUCAACCCCGUCCAUCUCUACCCCCUCCUACUCCACCACAUUCCCGUUCAUCUUCAGCUUUCCCGCCAAAUCUCCCUCAACGGUCAAUUUUCGCGCCAAUCCUCUUCCCGCCGUCAAUGCCGCCACUUCAGAUCACGUCUUGGGCAGAAGAGGACUGGUGCUUGCACUUACUGCCACACUGCCAUGGAUGCGUCCGUUCUCUGAAUGCACGGCGGUGAAGGCGGCUGAGUCGGAUGGAAGUGAAUAUGAGCUUAUGAAGGAGGAGAUCAGGAAGGUGGUGACGAAGGGAAAGGCGGCCGGCGUGCUUCGUUUGGUGUUUCAUGAUGCCGGGACCUAUCAAAUUGAUGACAAUUCAGGUGGUAUGGAUGGUUCUAUCGUUUAUGAACUUGAUAGACCGGAAAACAAAGGUCUUAAAACUCCUUUCAAGAUUCUAGAGAAAGCAAAGAGUGAGGUGGAAGCAGUACACCCAGUGUCCUGGGCAGACAUGAUUGCUGUGGCUGGAGCAGAAGCGGUUUCAAUAUGUGGAGGUCCAACAAUCCAAGUUCCGUUAGGCAGACUAGAUUCAAAGGAGCCUGAUCCCGAAGGAAAACUUCCUGAAGAAACUCUGGAUGCUUCUGGUCUGAAGCAAAGCUUUCAAUCAAAAGGCUUCUCAACUCAGGAACUUGUUGCUCUGUCAGGAGCCCAUACUAUUGGAAAUAAAGGUUUCGGGAACCCAACGGUUUUUGACAAUACAUACUUCAAAAUUCUUCUUGAGAAACCAUCUUCAGGUAGCAUGAUUGGCCUUCCCUCAGACCGUGCACUUGCCAAGGAUGAUGAAUGCUUAAGCUGGAUCACAAAGUAUGCCGAGGACCAGAAUCUGUUCUUCGAAGAUUUCAAGACGGCUUAUCUCAAACUAGUGAAUUCGGGAGCCAGGUGGAAGAGCUUGUGAAAUAAUUGCAGAAGCGAGCAAACUUGACGUUUAUCACGCAAAGAGAUCAAGAAGUGAAGCGUUGGCAAUAACAGCCGAGUCUUGCUAGAAUGAAGAAUUAAUUAGGUAUAUGUCAUGAAUUCAUGGAUUAGCUGAAAGCUUUAAUUGAAUGAUUAGCUGACAGAUAAGGUGAGACCCCAAGCAAGACUUAUCUUGUACAAUUAACAUUAUAUCAAAUAAUUCAGCCUAUUCAGAUAUGAAAUAAUGAAGUUUUGGACUACAA